UGCUGUCAGCUCGACGCCUGGGACCUGGCCUCAGCCCAAGGCAGCAUGAGGACGUGGAGCCAGCGGGCCAGGAGCAGCUCGGGGAAGGCGGCCCGGUGGCUGGGCUCUGGGGGGAACCGGCUGUGGGGGCUGCUCAAGAUGCUGGGUGCCCUGCUCUUCCUGGUGCUCAUGCUUCUCCUGGGCAGCCUGCGGCUGUGCUGGCGAGUCUCCAAGUCCCUGCUCCUUGCUGGGGCAGCUAAGCUGGGCAGAACCAGCAGCGUGGCCCGGCUCCUCUCGCUCCUGGACGCGCCCCUCCUCCGCAGAACGUGGGCUCUCGUCACCGAAACCAGGACUUGCAAGUACGUGGCGCACGUGCUGCAGAAGUGGAGAGGGCUGCUAGGGGCAGCCAAAGGGCUAAGGACCGAUGGGCUGGGAGAGGCUGUGGCUGGCCCUGAUCCCGGCCCAGGGGGGCGCUACCAGCCCAGCCAGGAGGUGGCGCGGCUGCUGGCCCUGGCCGACGUGCCUGAGGAGGAGCUGAACCCCUUUCAGGUACUGGGGCUGGAGGUGACUGCUUCAGACACGGAGCUGAAGAAGGCCUAUCGGCAGCUGGCUGUGCUGGUUCACCCUGACAAGAACAAGCAUCCGCGGGCGGAGGAAGCCUUCAAGGUGCUGCGAGCCGCCUGGGACAUCGUGAGCAACCCGGAGAAGAGGAAGGAGUACGAGAUCAAGCGGAUGGCGGAGAGCGAGCUGACCAAAUCCAUGAAUGAGUUCCUCACCAAGCUGCGGGAAGACCUGAAAGAGGCCAUGAACACCAUGAUGUGCAGCAAGUGCCAGGGGAAGCACAAGAGGUUCGAGAUGGACCGAGAUCCGCUCAGCGCUCGCUACUGCGCGGAGUGCGGCAAGCUGCACCCUGCCGAGGAGGGAGACUUCUGGGCCGAAUCGAGCAUGCUGGGGCUGAAAAUCACCUACUUCGCCCUGAUGGACGGGAAAGUCUAUGACAUCACAGAGUGGGCCGGCUGCCAGCGGGUUGGAAUCUCGCCCGACACCCACCGCGUCCCGUAUCACAUAUCGUUUGGAGCGAGGAGCUCUGGUUCGGGUGGACGCCAGAGAACCGCCUCUGAAGGCAGCCCUACCUCGGCUGCAGACCUGCAGGACUUCUUCAACCGCGUAUUUCAGGGGACCCCAGGGCAGAUGCCCAAUGGGGGCUUCUUCAGCCCACCCCAACCCCCUCGGGCAGCAGCUCCUUCUGCUCCAGCCCCGAAGACAGAGAGUGCAGCCCCAAAAGGGGACUCGAAGCAGAAAAGGCGGAAGAAAGUGCGCCGUCCCUUCCAGCGCUGAGGAGCAGCGUGGCCGGUGGGGGCGGCUUUGAACUUGGCCUGGCAGGAGGCCACAAGCACUGGCAGGAGACGAAGCUCCGGUGGACGUUCCAGCAGGCAGCUGGGUGCGUCCCAGGCGCUAGGUCGGACACUAAAGGGCUCUUUACAAGAAGAAGAAUCUAUUUUUUUUUCUUUAGAUAUUUAAAAGCAACCAGGCGUUCGGGGAAUUUCCGGCUGACGCCGUUAACUUCUAGCGUAAAGAACCAGCCCCAGUGAUACCAAAGAACUCCAGCGGGGGGUGCCCUGCAGGAUCCCUGGAGACACCAGCCCAGUGUAUGGGGAAGGGUCUCUGCUGGGGUGGGGGAAGCUGGACAGAGCCAUGGAAUCUCUUCAGGGUUACUUUAAAAAUCAGGGGAUGUUUCAUUUCCAUGAAGGCCACACCUGGGAUCCAUUGGGAGGCAGCCAUGUCCCUUCCAUCCCCCUGCCUCCCCUUCUCAUGGGCAGCUCCCAUUGAAGUCUGUGUCUCGCAGCCCUGCGAGAGCUGGGGGAGCUGUAAUCCCUCAGACACAGCGACUGAGCCGCAUCCCGUAGAACUGAGUUGCGAUUUGGCCUCCUAAAGCUUCUGCAGCAGAUCGGAUUGACCCCGCCCGUCCCCCGACUCCUCACCCUAGAAGAGCCAGGCCCAGCGUUAACCCCCCCGGUGCUGGAGGGCAGCUUGCCCAGCUCACAGCUGCCUGGAGAAUGCUUCCAGGGAGCAGCCUGGCCUUGGCCCUGGGAGCCCAGACUGAGUCCCUUGUCUAACUCUUGCGGAGCGUUCUCCAUACCUGCUGCUGUAGCCAGUGCAUCUGUCUGCGCUCUCAGUGGAGCGGGUGGGGAAGCCUUUUUCCCCAGAGAUGAAAUGAGGCAGGGGCGGGUGCUCCCUUCCCACUGUGCUGGUAGCACAGGCUGGCCCCUAGCUUCAUGCUUAUUUCCCCCACCCCAUCUGAUUUUUGUUGCUGAUUUCCCCUCGGCCCUGAUUCCCAGCCGUGGGUAGCUUUCCUGCCAGCUGGGCUCUGCCACAGGCCUGAGAUGCAGGACAGCGGUUCCUCAGCAGGUUUCUCUGGGAGCUCAGGUGUGAGAUGUUGUCUUCACAAGUCUCCUGAGCUGUGCAGCCCAUAUUGAAUUUACUAUUCACAGGGAUGCUGGCCGGUGCCAGCCGCUCGCACACACGGGGACCAGACUUUCCAAAGGAGCAAGGUCAAGUUUGUAAGCCCAGCCCCAACCUGGUCUGCUUCCGCUGGGCCCUGUCAACUCCUGGCAGUUAGACGGGUCUGUAACUGUCCAGCCUCUCCCUGAAGGAUUGGUCUUGGGUUUUAACAGCUGGUUCCUCUUUGUACAUAUCUCUCUUAUGUGCAUACCCCUUGCGAUACAGAGAGCUCAGUCCCUGAGAGCAGAUGGGGGAGUGCUUCCCCCCCUUCCCAGGGCAGCGUCACUCAAUUCCGUGCAUUACACCUCAGCUUUCUGUUGGCACUUUCUGUAACCUCCGUAGGUUUGCUCUGCCGGUCGCUAACACGCACCCAGCUCAGAGCGCUGCCGCUGAAAUACUUUGACCCCAGGUGCAGUAAAGCUGAUUUUUAAGUUGUGCCAGGAAGUAACUCAUUUUACUUGUCAGGUUGUUUUUGGCAUUCCACUGCUGAAUUUCCAAAACGAAGUGGAUUUAGGGUAGGGCCUACACAAACAAUUGUGUGGGUGUGAGCAGAAAGCUCUGCUUUAGGAUUAAACGGGUGAGUGUAUAUUGAACAAUUCCCUAUGCCCCUGCAAAAUAAACCCCAGUAGGAUUACAUGAGUUCUCUUCACACCCACCUUGUGUCCAGACCCCACUGUGCAGGUGUGAAAAAGGGGGACAUCACUAGCAGGAGGCCUGGCCCCCGCUAAAGCUGGAUUUUGGGCUAGUGGAAGAAGUACCUCAGGACACCCUGAAUCUUCGUUGGUGCUGCCUUUGUCUGUGAACUAAGGCCUGGCCUGGCUGCCCUGGACAGGAGGGGUGAGGUCAGGUAUUUCCUCAUCACCUUCCUUCUAAUGACCAGACAAAGCGCUUUAAAACCAACCCUCCCAGCUCAGCCUUCCUCUAGCUUUGUUACGUGAGCCUCUGUUCCUUCGGUGAAGGGUGUGACGGGAACCGCUUAGCUGGCUUCUCGUCAGCCUGUUUCUCCCCCAGGUGUCACUUACCUGCAAACCCGGAUUCCUCUUCCCAGCGUGAACUGUGGGCAGCAGGACUGAACCCUGCGGGGAGCAGGGCUGUAGAGCUCUUUGCCUCUGGCUACCUGGUUCUAAGGGCAGCUGAGCUGGGAGUGAGUCUCCGCAUCAGAUGGCUAGUGGGGGGGCCUUAUGUGAAAUGAAUCAAGGGUCUUUAGCUGGUUCCUUGCAGACGUGCAUCCAUGUCCCUAAAAAUUCCAGCUACAGUGGGUGCAAAUGUGGGGCCCUCUGAGAGGGCAGCAGGAUUGUAUGCAGCACCGCAGGGUCUGACCGGACCCCUGAGGAGGUGCAAGCUGUGCUCCCUCUGAGGCGGGGGGGGGAGGGGGGCAGCUUGGACUGUUUCUGCCAGGGCUUUACCUGGUCUGCGAGAGGCGGCCCACAUCUGGCACCCUAUCCCCUCGCUCCUGGGCUCAGUUUACCUUGAGCUGAGCAGGCAGCCGUUAGCGCUAGGGUUGAAGUUGGUGGGAGGAGGAAGCAGUGUUUUAACACGAGGCCAAUCCCAGUCACUGGUGCAUAAUGGAUGAAUGGACAAUGUAAAGCCGUGCAUCCAAGUGAACGGCUGUUCUAAUCAUAAGAACGGCCAUACUGGGUCAGACCAAUGGUCCCGCUAGCCCAGUGUCCUGGCUUCAGAUCGUGGCAGGUGUCAAGUGCUUCUGAGGAAGUGAACAGAACAGGGCAAUCAUUGAGAGAUCCAGCCUGUCUUCCAAUUUCAGCAUCUGGCAGUCAGAGGUUUAAGGACACCCAGAGCAUGGGGCUGUGUUUCUGCCCAUCUUGGCUAACAGCCAUUGAUGGACCUCUCCCCUGUGAACUUAACUAAUUCUUUUUUUGAACCCAGUUAUAGUUUUGGCCUUCACCACAUCCCCUGGCAAGGAGUUCCACAAGUUGACUGUGCAUUGUGGGAUCCAUUGUUGGUUUUAAACUUGCUGCCUAUUAAUUUCAUUAGGUGAUGCUUGGUUGGUUUGUUAUGAGAAAGGGUAAAUAACACUUACUUUCUUCACACCAUUCAUGACUUUAUCAACCUGUCAUAUUCCCCCCUCCCCCCAUCUCUUUUCCAAGCUGAGCUGUCCCGGUCGUUUUUAAUCUCUCCUCACCUGGAAGCUCUUCCCAAUGGAGCUCCACCUUGAGCUCUCACACGUGGAGAACCAGGGCUGCUGGGGAUUUGCUCUCUCUAGUUCUCAGCUGCAAAGGACACCUUGGCUGGUAGUGCCUCGCUGACCCCAAAAUGUGCAUUAAGGGGCAUUGGAAAUAUACCAGGAGGGCACAACUCCUCCAGUAAUGUUCUAGCUGCCAUCACAUGGGGCAGGAAAUGAGGCAGCUCCAGAAUGGUGAUGUCCUCUUGGUCUGUAUGCUCGUGGCUUCUUGUUGGCUCCUCUUGGGCAGCUGCCACAGCCACCUUGCUGCUCUUUACCCCUCCAUGUUUAAGGGGGAGUCUGUCUACUGCUGGGCUGCCGGCCUCCUUCGCUUGUCUUUUCAUCAUGAGCAAGUACAGCAGCGCUUGCCUUUGGCAGAUGCCAGAGCCUCUCUUUCGCUGGGGCCUCCCUGUACACUGAAAGCCACAGGCUCACCGGCUUUGAGCCGAGCAUGCCCAGGAGAGCAGCCACGCCCCAGGCCCCCUCCCUGGUCUCACCUGCCAGCUUGCUCUGUUCUUUUCUCCCCUGAGCUUGCGUGGCCUCUGCGGCUCUGCUCCCAGGGCUGCCUAACUCCGUUCACAGCGGGGGAGCCAGAAACCGAGUUACAGGCAUGUUCCCGCUCUCCCCUGCCUCCGAGCACCUGUCCGGGUGCCUCUGCAGCUUCUCGGCGCUACUGGAGGGUUGGGGAAGUGGAUCGGCUGGAAGCGCAUCUGCUUGGGCUGCUGCGGGGCAGAGCUGCCUUAAGAUGCUUAAAUACGUUGUGCAAAAAAAAUAAGUCUUGGACAAUCAAUCACUCUGCCUGACCUGUAUUGCCAUGUGAGUGUUUGAUGUCGGGCGUAGGCACGGUUCAUCUCCUUUGUCUUGAGGGCGGAGCACGGAGGUUUUUAAGAUGAUUGUGUAAUUCUUUCUUAUCACUUUUGUUAAAUUAAAAUAUGAUUUGAA